AUGAUUAUCGAACAUAACACUCCUGGAGUCGACCACACCGUCCAUCUACCGAGGAUUCUCUGUCUACACGGUGGUGGAACAAAUGCCAGGAUCUUCCGAGCACAAUGCCGCAUUGUCAAACGGUAUCUUUCGACCACAUUUCGACUUGUCUUUGCUGAGGCACCGUUCUCUUCCGACGCUGGUCCUGAUGUGACUUCAGUCUAUAAAGAGUUCGGUCCUUUCAAGCGAUGGCUAAGAUCAAAAGAAUCUCACCCCCAAAUUCAUCCAGAUGAUGCUGUCAAGGCUAUUGACCGUAGUCUCAAGGCAGCUAUGGACGAAGACGACCGUCUCGGAGGACGCGGCGAAUGGGUUGGUCUUCUAGGCUUUAGCCAGGGAGCAAAGAUUUGUGCCAGUCUGUUGUUCCGCCAGCAAGUUCGAGCAGAAAGACUCGGCUUACAUCGCGCUGGCUCAAACUGGCGAUUCGCGGUGAUCCUCGCAGGCCGAGGACCUUUGGUUUCACUCGAUCAUCGACUGUUGAUGACCCCUGCCCUUCUCGAUGCAUCCGAAGCUUCCAUGACCGCGUUACCAGAUGAUAUACUUCGAGGUAGCACAGAGCAUAUUCUCUAUCUCCCCACUAUUCACGUUCACGGAACCCUGGACGUUGGAUUGAAUGAGCACCGCAAGCUUCUGACACAAUACUGCGAAGAAGGCACUGCGAGACUCAUGGAGUGGGAAGGCAACCAUCGAGUGCCUAUCAAGACCAAAGAUGUCCUCGCGUUGGUACGGAACAUUUGGGAUGUCGCCUACGAAACAGGUGUAUUGACCAAGCAGUUUGACGUGGAUAUCAUCAUACAAGCCCAAGCACUUGACUCCAUGCCCAUUCACAGACCGCGGACCGUCAUAGCAUAG